UUUUAUUUUUACAUGUGGUCUGAAUCUUGUCUUCAUGUAUACAUAUAUAAUAAUACAAAAAAAGGAAAAUCUUUUAUUUCCCAACAAAAACAAAAACACUGAAAAGGUGUUGGUGGUAGGAGAUCCCAGGUAUUUGGUGAAAUAAUCGUAGUACUGCAAGCUGAUUUGUCCACCACGGUGAUUCUUGCUAUUUGUUAAAAUUAUAGCCUGUUACUUGUGUUGUUAUUGGGAGAUGACAGAUAUAUCGUUGAAUUAAUUGUUGCUAUCUGUUACAUUUAUAGCUUGUUGUAACAAAGUUACCUGGUACACGUUGUUGCUGGAAUGUUACAUUUAUAGCUUGUUGUAAAAAAGUUAGCUGAUACCUAUUGCUGGCGAGAGGUGUCAGUUAUCCCGUGGGAUUAAUUGAGUUGCGUGCAAUCUUCUUGCCAUCUGUUACAAUCCAGCUUGGUAUACAGGUGGCAGGUAUUUGUGCAACUAGUCGAGGGGCGCUCAAGCUAAUUCAGACACCACGUGUGAUUCUUGCCAUCUGCUACAUAUAUAGCUUUGAGUCACAAAGUUACCUGACACGUGUUGUGUUGCUGGUGGGAGAGCUGUCAGUUAUCCUGUGGAAAAAUCGAGGUGCACGUGAGCUGACUUGGACACUACAAAAUCAAGAAUGGGUUUUGAAGGAGGAGUUGAUUCAGGCCAUGCACGUUUACAUGAACUAGGAUACAAACAAGAACUCAAAAGAGACCUUUCGUUCAACAUUGUUGGUCAGUGGGCUGUCACAACAAGUAUAGAUUUUUCGUUGGCGCAGUUAGUUCAGGUAAUGAUUCUCCUUAGCACUGGUGGAUUAAAUGGAGGUGGAUAUAAGGCCUCCAAAUAUGUGGUUAUCGCCCUCCAUGGUGGAAUUCUGCUUUUACAUGCUACACUAAACAGUCUUCCUAUCUCAUGGUUGUCCUUCAUCGGACAACUAGCUGCUGCAUGGAAUGUUUUAGGUGUCUUUCUUCUUAUGAUUUUGAUCCCACUGGUCGCAACAGAAAGAACCAGCGCUAAAUUUGUGUUUACUAACUUCAAUACUGACAAUGGGGAUGGAAUCAACAAUAACCUCUACAUUUUCGUCCUAGGACUUCUUAUGAGCCAGUAUACUUUGACAGGUUAUGACGCUUCUGCCCAUAUGACGGAAGAAACCAAAAGUGCAGAUAAGAACGGGCCAAAAGGAAUUGUAAGUGCUAUUGGCAUAUCAGUUCUUGCUGGCUGGGCUUACAUUCUUGGUAUAACCUUUGCAGUUACAGAUAUCCCGCAUCUCCUGAAUAAAAAAAAUGAUUCUGGCGGCUACGCUAUUGCUCAAAUCUUUUAUGACGUAUUCAAGAGUAGAUAUGGUAGUGGCGUUGGUGGAAUUGUUUGCUUAGGUGUAAUAGCUGUUGCCGUAUUCUUUUGUGGCAUGAGCUCAUUAACUAGCAACUCGAGGAUGGCUUAUGCAUUCUCUAGAGAUGGAGCAAUGCCAUAUUCGUUGUUCUGGCAUAAAGUAAACAAGCAAGAGGUUCCGCUAAAUGCAGUCUGGGCAUCGGCCUUUAUAGCAUUUUGCAUGGCAUUGACGUCUCUCGGAAGCUUGGUAGCAUUUCAAGCCAUGACAUCGAUAGCAACAAUCGGGCUCUACAUUGCUUACGCCUUGCCAAUCCUGUUUCGGGUGACACUAGCUCGAAAGUCCUUCACUCCAGGUCCUUUUAACUUGGGAAGCUACGGGCUCAUUGUAGGUUGGAUCGCAAUACUUUGGGUCGCGCUCAUCUCUGUGCUCUUCUCUUUGCCUGUUGCCUACCCUAUUACAGAACAAACUCUCAACUAUACUCCAGUCGCGGUCGGUGGCCUUGUCAUUCUUGUUGUUUCUUCAUGGAUCUUCAGUGCUAGGCAUUGGUUUAAAGGUCCUAUUACCAAUAUAGGCAGUUCUAGUGAGGAAGCAUAAGACUUUAGAUAAUUAGAAAUUGUUGAUGUGUAAUGUGUAUGGUAAUCUCCUAUGAGAGACGGGUCCAUCAUUUGAACUUUAUGAAUUCGAGUUCGGGUUCUACCAUAA